UUAGAGCGAUACGCCGGAUCAAUAAUAUAAACGCAAGAUACCAUUGGCUGUUUAAAAUCAAUGGAGGUUGGGGAUCCGAUUAUAUCGAUUUUCUACCCUGCCGGUGCAGAGACCCUUCGGAGAUUUCGAGCGGCAAUAUUAACGCACCACCUCUUGUGCUUGUACGUGCUUGCCCUGUGCGCAGUCAAGAGAAACAGUCGAAAACGAUAGUUCUUAAAGAAUGGACAAUCCAGUGGAAAUUUGCGAAAAUUACCAGCUAAAAUGGAGUUCUUAUACAUCCUACAUUCAUUCCUGUAUAGCUACAUCGCUAUUGACUGAAGAAUCAUACGCGGAUGUGGCGCUUGUGACCAUGGAUGGUCACAAAAUCAUGGCGCACCGCUUCGUAUUAUCUUAUGCUAGUCAAUACCUUAGCAAAGCUCUUCGUUUCCACUCGAAAGUGACCACGGCUUUACCUCUAAUGAUUGUGCUUCCUCAAGAAAUUACUUACAAGGCCCUGAAGAUUUUGGUUAAGUACAUGUAUAGCGGUGAGGCUACCGUUUCCAAAGAUAUACUGAACGUCGUUCUUAAGGCGGGCGACAUACUCAAAAUCAAAGGCCUCUACCGAGAAACUAUCGAAGAAGAGCAGCAAAAACAAAAACAGAAAUCAUUGAUCACUUCCCAAGUGGUCAAUCCAGAAUCGACGCAAAAUAAACCCAAAGAGAAAACAGCAGAAACUGCCAGUAAAUCUCCAAGCCAGUCUAAGGAAAAAUCAGCAGAACUAUCCAAAAAAGAAGGCAACAAAGGGACUGCAAAGUUCAUAAUGCAGCAAAAAACGGAUAAACCUCCGCCGCUAAAAGUAUACACGAGACCAAAAGUUUUGAACUUUUCCAUGAAUAACUUUAACGGAUCUUUGGACAAAGAAAAUGCGUCACCAAAGCGUACCAUUGUUUUAAACCAAAAGUUAACAGCACAAAAAGAUAAGCCGCACACUAUAACAUCGGCAGAAGCAGCGGCACUGGAAUCGCCAGACUCGUCUGAUGCAACUGACAACAUCAAAUCGGAAAAUUCCAAACACGGUGAUAAUUUGCAGUUUUUAGUUAUCAAAGAUGAACCUCUCGGGUGGUCGGAAGCCGAUAUGGAACUAAUUGAUCAAAAGGAAGUUUUUCCUGAACCAUCUGUCAAAACAGAAAGUUACGAUUCGACGUCUAAUGACAAUUCUAACGACCUUUACACCCCGCUAACUUGUGAACUUUGUACGGAAACCUUUACUAUUCCGGCGGAAUGGGUCAGGCACGUUCAGACCCAUACAGAUAUGUUGCCUGCCAAAAGAAGGAGAAGAGAUAGCCCUGAUGAGGAUGAUGAAAACGCAACAUUUCCCGAACUGCAGUGUGAUUUGUGUGAAAAAUCGUUCUCAACGCCUGCAGAAUGGGUCCGUCAUAUUCAAGACACUCACACAGAAUUUGAAUUGAGCCUUUCAAACAGACGCCAUCCUCAACCAAGCAAAAAGAUAAAACCAGCCCAUCCCAAACCUUCAAAUGACGCAGGCAGGUUGUGCUUCCGGUGUAACAAAAUCUUUUCCUCACACGCAUCCAUGGUCAUUCAUCAGAGAUCUCACACAGGAGAGCAACCUUUCAAUUGCCUCUAUUGUACGAAAGGAUUUAAUGUGAAAAGUAAUCUUUUAAGACACAUGCGAACUUUACAUAAUAAGAUAAUAAGUCCAUCUGAAGUUGAUAAUGUUUUGGAAGAAAGUGUCAGUAAUUAGUUGCUUAUCGCAAAUGUUAUUCGAGGCCAAAUUACUUUCUAUAUGAUGUUUCUAAAAAUUGCUAGUUUUUUUUUAAUAAUACGGUUACACUUACGGUUUCAUAUAUUUUUCAUUUUACAGAAAUAUUACCGAUUCUAUCAGUUACUUGCAAUAUGACAUGUAGCUUAAAAAUAAGUAGGUUAUAAUGUAUAUACAAAUAUUUUUUAAAUCAAAAUAAAC